AUGCGCGAUAAAGGCGAUCCAUUGUCCAAAGAGAAAGACCCCCUUUCUCACUCCUUCAAUCUUGAAGAGCAGGCCGUCGCGCAACCUCUUCCAGCAAGGCUCUCUAUCGGUCAAAAGAUGGAGCGCGCUCUCUACUUUAUAUUCCUAGCGUUCUUCCUCAUGAUGACCGCACAUGGCUUGCGGUUGGACCCACUAGGGAUAGGCAUCUCACAACAUCAUGAACUCUUAACCCUGGAAGAAAGAGUAGACCGCAUAUUGCAGCAAACUCCAUUGAUCGAUGGUCAUGAUGAUCUUCCCAUUCUCAUCCGUGCCAUAUAUGGGAACCAAAUCUAUCAGGACAAUUUCACUGCAAAAUUCGCUCAUGGUGGCUUUCCCGGACACGUUGAUCUGCCUCGUCUUUCCAAGGGCAGAGUUGGUGGCACAUUCUGGAGCGUGUUUGUGGAGUGUCCCAAAAACUGGCGGGACUUUUCGGAUGCCAACUACGCUCUGAGUGUACGCCAGACAAUGGAGCAGGUAGACCUAUGGCUCCGCCUGCAGCAAGCCUAUCCGGACACCUUCUCCACGCCCCCAAAUGGUACCACAGCUCUUCAGCCCUUCCUGGACGGGAAGAUCAUCUCGCCGAUGGGAAUGGAGGGCCUCCACUCCAUUGGGAAUUCACUUGCCCAUCUACGUCAUUUCUACGCGCAGGGUGUAUCGUAUGCGACCCUGACCCAUAACUGCCACAACCGUUACGCUGAUGCUGCCGUCACCGAGCUCCCAGACGGCAGCGUGAAGAAGGCUGACCCCCUUUGGCAUGGUAUCAGUGAAGCUGGAAAGGCCCUAGUUACCGAGAUGAAUCGGCUCGGGAUGAUUGUUGAUCUGUCCCAUGUAAGCGCCGAGACUAUGCGAGACGUCCUGGGCGCAGGCAAGGACGACUGGGCGGGCAGUAGUGCGCCGGUCAUCUUCAGUCAUAGCUCUGCAUAUGCCAUCUGUCCUCAUCCACGUAAUGUCCCCGACGAUGUACUGAAGCUGGUCAAAUCACGAAAUUCCUUGGUGAUGGUUAACAUUGCCCCGGACUUCGUCUCGUGCAAGGCUGGUGAUAACCCGAACGGUCUCCCUGAUUUCGUCCCCGAAAAUUCUACUUUAGAGCAUGUUGCCGACCACAUCAUGCAUAUCGGGCAACUCAUCGGGUUUGACCAUGUUGGGUUUGGAAGCGACUUUGACGGCAUCGGCUCUGUUCCUCGCGGCCUGGACGACGUCUCCAAAUUUCCAGACUUGGUUGCCGAACUCCUCAGAAGGGGUGUUAGUGAUGAGGAUGCGGGCAAGGUCGUGGGAGGUAACCUGCUGCGCGUUUGGAAGGAAGUAGACCGUGUUGCUCUUGCGAAGCAAGCUAACGGAGAUCUGCCUCUUGAGGAUGAUCUUUCUGAGGCGUAA